GACUUCCUCUUUGAUUGCGUAAACGCAUUGGUAGAUAAAUUAGAAUAUAUCGACUAGGAUAGUGUUUUCGAGAAUUUAAUGACGGCUAAUGGAUACAUAUAUGUGUAAUAAAAACUACUAAUUGUUCCAAUGAUAGAUAUGUGUAAUUCACACAGAGUCGCACAAACAGGAAGUAAAAGAAACAAGCCAAUCAGUUCCACGGAGCAUGUGUCACGCGUGCUGCACCGUCUCUGGUGAAGGUUACUGUUAGCUGUUACCUGAAGCAGAGGCUACAGACAGAUUCUGGAGACAACGCUGUGCGCAGUUGCGUGAUGGCAGGCCUGUCCAGCUAUGCAUUGCGGAUGGCCAGACUGAGCUCACAGAUCUUUGGAGAAGUUGUGCAUCCAACGGACCCGAAAUCUAUGAAGGUGGUCCAGCUGUUCCAGGAGCCCCCUAUGGCCAAGAGGAAGGAGGUGUAUGACUGGUACCCACACCACAAGAUUUACUAUGCUGUGACCCAGAAGCUCAGGUUCAUGGGUCUGUUCAGAGAUGAGCAUGAAGACUUCAAGGAGGAGAUGCGUCGUCUGAGGAAACUAAGAGGAAAAGGGACGCCAAAAAAAGGAGAGGGGAAGAGAGCAGGCAAGAAGAAAUGAACUGCCACGCUUCUGCUCCCCGAGGCUGCACAGGACUCGACGUUCUUUGGUUUCUGUGCAGGCUGCACUGGUCGGUGUGCACUGUGGUGGGAUGCUGGUCCUGAGAGCGUUCCACUGGUCGGGACUGUCCUUUGUUUCUGUGCUGACAGGACGUUCUGAGUCGGGCAUAUUCCACUUCUGUUAAAUUGUGUAUGUUAUUGAACAUGUGUGUGUGUGUGUGUGUGUGUGUGUGUGUGGUAGUAAGAGGGCUGUGCUUAUAUCUUAUUACCACAUAAUAAUGCCUUUCUGUAGAACAGCCCAGGAGGAAGUGUUAGCUGCUGAUAGCUUGACUGUGGAUGGAACAGCUCAAAUGUAUAGAAGUAGACACCCUUAUUUUUCACAAUAAAGUCAAUGUGAUAAAUCUGCA